GAUCACGGCACCAUGGCCCAGCACCAGAUGAGCAAGAAGCGUAAGUUCGUCGCCGAUGGCGUCUUCAAGGCCGAGCUGAACGAGCUGUUCAUGCGCGAGCUGGCUGAGGAUGGUUACGCCGGUGUGGAGAUCAAGAAGACUCCCAAGAGCACUGAGAUUGUGAUCCUGGCUACCCGCACUCAGCACGUCCUGGGCGAGAAGGGCCGCCGUAUUCGCGAGCUCACCGCCUUUAUCCAGAAGCGCUUUGGCUUCCAGAAGGACGAGGUUGAGCUCUUCGCUGAGAAGGUCGCCAACCGCGGUCUCUGUGCCGUUGCUCAGUGCGAGAACCUCCGCUACAAGCUGACCGGUGGUCUCGCCGUCCGCCGCGCUUGCUAUGGUGUCGUCCGCUUCGUCAUGGAGAGCGGCGCCAAGGGCUGCGAGGUCAUCGUCUCCGGCAAGCUGCGUGCCCAGCGUGCCAAGGCCAUGAAGUUCGGUGACGGCUUCAUGAUCUCCUCCGGUAACCCCACUCGCGAGUACAUCGACACGGCCGUGCGCCAUGUCCCCAUGCGUCAGGGUAUGAUUGGUAUCAAGGUCAAGAUUAUGCUGCCCCACGACCCCUCGGGCAAGACUGGUCCUAAGGCUCCUCUCCCCGAUGCCAUCACCAUCCUUGAGGCCAAGGAGGAGGACAUCCCUGAUGAGCCCAAGCCGAACCUACCUCCAUGUAGGCCACAAGGACCCACCCGUUGGCGCGGCCCCACUUGCAGCAGGACACCGAAGCCGUGGCGGUGUUAA